AUGCAUCCUUCCCAAAUGGUUCUGGACACCAACUCCAGCCCACCUACAUUCGUCUUAGUCGGCAUCCCAGGGCUUGAAUCAGUCCAUCCUUGGCUGGGCAUCCCCUUCUGCUUUAUGUAUAUCGUGGCACUCUUCGGGAACGGCGCUCUCCUCUUUGCCAUCCGAUUCGACCGCACCCUGCACAACCCCAUGUUCUAUUUCCUGGGCAUGCUGGGAGUCAUCGACGUGGUCAUGGCGACGACGACAGUGCCCAAAAUGCUGGACAUCUUCUGGAGCGGCUCUCCGAAGAUCGGCCUCAACGUCUGCUUUGCUCAGAUGUUUUUCAUCCAUUCCGUUACAGCGAUGGAGUCGGGGGUCUUGCUGGCCAUGGCCUUUGACCGAUACGUUGCCAUCAGCCACCCGCUGAGAUAUGAGACGAUCCUAACGCCCCCAAGGGUGGCCCAGGUAGGCCUGGCGAUUCUGACGAGAGGGAUCCUUUUCAUGGUUCCUUUGAGCGGGAUGGUGAGCCGCUUGCCCUACUGCGCUUCCAAGCGAAUCCCUCAUUCCUAUUGCGAGCACAUGGCGGUCGUAAAAUUGGCCUGUGCGGAUUCUGCCACCAGCCGCGUCUACAUCAUGGUGGGAUCCACCCUGAUCGUGGGGAGCGACAUGGCUUUCAUUGCCAUUUCUUACGGGCUGGUUCUCAGAGCCGUGAAGAAGCUGAGCGAGAAGACGGAGCGGCUCAAGGCCUUCAGUACAUGCAGCUCCCACGUUUGCGUGAUGCUGCUGUAUUACCUCCCCGGGAUGGCUUCCAUUUACAUCCAGGGCUUUCCUCACGGCACACCGCCUCACGUCCAAGUCCUGCUGGCCGAUCUCUACCUCAGCCUCCCGCCCAUGUUGAACCCAAUCAUUUACAGCAUCCGAAUGAAACAGGUGCGCAGAGCGCUCUGCAGAGUGUUCCCUUUAGUUGAGGGUCUGGUGGGGUGA